ACACAUAUUUAUCCAUAAAUGCACACAUUCACCCAAAUAGAGCACGAUAACUUAUUCAACAUUGCUUCAAUCUUCUCUCACCACAAGCUGACAUUUUGCUUGUAUUUCAAGAAUGGGAAACUGUUGCAGAGCUGAGUCUUCAUCAUCAUCAUCCAUGAUCUGGGCUGGUGAUGAUUGGAACUCGCUGCUUAAAGAUGCAGGAGAAGGCAAGAGGCUUCUCGAUGGUGCUGAUGGACAGAGAGUUUCUUCUUCUUCUUCUUCUUCUUCUUCACGCAGGAGAGAGAUUAAGAUCAAGAUCAGUAAGGAGGAGCUAGAGAAGUUGGUGCAGAAAAUGGAAGCUCAAGAACUGUCUUUAGAGGAAGUCCUGCCUCUUCUGAUUAACAAGAACACUUUCAAUUGUCAUGGAUCAGGUUUCGCAAAGAAUGGCAGUCAUCGAUCAUGGAGGCCAGCUUUGCAAAGUAUUCCGGAGGCCAUCUAAAAGAAGUUUUAUCAUCCUUUUCUCAUUCCUUUGUUCUUUGUAUGUACAUGGGAUCAAAGAAUAGGUUUUGUUAUCUUUUUUUUUUUUUUUGGGAUAUAUGACAAUUUUUA